AUGGUUUUGCACGAGCCUGAUCCCACGAUAACUUACUCCAUUGACAUUAGAAAUGGAGGUAGCUCUGUUGGGCGCACCCAGGAGCUUUCGUUGCCCCCCGCCCUUGACGCCUCCACUUCACUUUCUUCCUCCCCUCAGUUUUCGUGUGCUCCCACUCGGCAGCGUCGUCGCCCGUACUUUUUGAGAAUUUGCAUUCACCUUGUGACAUGCAUUAUCCUCCUGGUCUGGUCUCUUGUAUUGUUGCCGAAGCCACCUGUAGUCCGAGGGGCUUUUUGCAACAACACUGAAAUAUCGGCUCCAUACCAAAAGGAGUCGGUGUCUUCCCUUGGAGUUUUCGGUAUUUGUUUCGGUAUCCCAUUCUUCCUUGUAGCCACAGUUGAGCUGCUUUUUUCUGCUGUCCGCUCGACUCGCGAAGAAAGUCAGGAGGAAACAGGCGUAACGCUCUUCAACAGGAAGCUGUCGCGGACGCUUGUUGAUCUCUACAAAUACUGGGGAACCUUAGCUGUCUCACUUAAUCUUACUUUUUUGUUGACAAAUGCGCUGAAGGCGGCGGUCGGGUCACUGCGCCCUCACUUUUUGGACGUUUGCAAACCUGACUGGAGCCAAGUGGCUUGCAAGGACUCCACGGGCGAGAGAUAUGUGUAUGUUGACAACUUCCACUGCACCGGAGAUCCAAAGCUCAUGGAAGAAGCCCGGCGCUCAUUUCCGUCAGGCCACAGCAGCUGCACCGUGUGUGGGAUGCUGUUCGGUGUGCUGUACCUACACUUCAGGUUCUCAAGCCAAAGACAGUCCACAGGCCGCUGUAGUGAGGUGCCUCUGAAGCGUGGUCGAAAGAGUGCCAUUGUGGAACAAGUCUAUUCGGCGUUUCAGGCACUGGUUCCGUUCCUGCAAGCCAUAAUGCUGCUAGUUGCUUUGUAUGUACCAGCAACUCGAGUGCGGGAGAACUUCCACCACGGCAGGGACGUUGCUGCGGGGAUGGCAAUCGGUGUUCUUAGCACACUCUAUGGCUUUUUCCUUGUCUUGAAUGUAAAUGGUCGUUAG